AUGUGCGCUCGGGGCUGCGGGCGGCUGGCGCUGCCGCUGCUGCUGCUUUCGGCAGCUGCCCUGGCCGAAGGCGACGCCAAAGGGCUCAAGGAGGGCGAGACCCCCGGCAAUUUCAUGGAGGACGAGCAAUGGCUGUCGUCCAUCUCGCAGUACAGUGGCAAGAUCAAGCACUGGAACCGCUUCCGAGAUGAUGACUACAUCAAGAGCUGGGAGGACAAUCAGCAAGGAGAUGAAGCCCUGGAUACCACCAAGGACCCCUGCCAGAAGGUGAAGUGCAGCCGUCAUAAAGUGUGCAUUGCCCAGGGCUAUCAGCGGGCCAUGUGCAUCAGCCGCAAGAAGCUGGAGCAUAGGAUCAAGCAGCCUGCCGUGAAGCUCCAUGGAAACAAAGACACCGUUUGUAAGCCCUGUCACAUGGCCCACCUUGCCUCUGUCUGCGGCUCUGAUGGCCACACUUACAGCUCAGUGUGUAAGCUGGAGCAGCAGGCGUGCCUGAGCAGCAAGCAGCUGAUGGUGAGAUGCGAGGGCCCCUGCCCCUGCCCCACGGAGCAGGCCGCCACCUCUGCCUCCGACAGCAAACCAGAGGCGUGCACUGGUCAGGACCUGGCCGACCUGGGGGAUCGGCUGCGGGACUGGUUCCAGCUCCUUCAUGAGAACUCCAAGCAGAACGGCUCAGCCAGCAGUGGAGCCAGCCCGGCCAGUGGGCUGGACAAGAGCCUGGGGGCCAGCUGCAAGGACUCCAUCGGCUGGAUGUUCUCCAAGCUGGACACCAGUGCCGACCUCUUCCUGGACCAGACCGAGCUGGCUGCCAUCAAUCUGGACAAGUACGAAGUUUGCAUCCGCCCCUUCUUCAACUCCUGCGACACCUACAAGGAUGGCCGGGUUUCCACUGCGGAGUGGUGCUUCUGCUUCUGGAGGGAGAAGCCUCCCUGCCUGGCAGAGCUGGAGCGCAUCCAGAUCCAGGAGGCUGCCAAGAGGAAGCCAGGGAUCUUCAUCCCGAGCUGUGACGAGGAUGGUUACUACCGGAAGAUGCAGUGUGACCAGAGCAGCGGAGACUGCUGGUGUGUGGACCAGCUGGGCCUGGAGCUGACCGGCACCCGCACACACGGGAGCCCCGACUGCGAUGACAUUGUGGGCUUCUCAGGGGACUUCGGGAGCGGUGUCGGCUGGGAGGAUGAGGAGGAGAAGGAGACAGAGGAAGCAGGCGAGGAGACAGAGGAGGAGGAGGGCGAGGCGGGAGAGGCGGACGAUGGCGGCUACAUCUGGUAG